AUCCCUCCCCGUGAUGUCAGCGGAAUCCUGAGCUGGAUUGAAGGGAAGGCCCACGAUCUCCCGCUAGAGGGGCCCCGAUGGGGUGAACCCAGGGGUGGCUGCCCGGGGCCGGAGCACCAGCCUCACGUCCCCGGGCGCCGCCCCCGUGUCCCGCCCGCACCACGCUCCGCCCCGGUCGCCUCUCGUCCCGCGUGGGAGCCGACCCGGCUCAGCCUGAUUUACGGCUCUGCUGAAAACCGCUCGCGCGGCUCCCGCAGCAUCAGAACCGGCGGCUGCAGCGGCAGCAACAAGUCGGGACUUUCAGAGUGAUGCAACAGACGACUUUUGAGGAAAGCCGGUACCAUUGGCAGGACUCGCUGGAGAAUGUCGCUGUGUGCCUGCCAUUCCGCUGCCCAAGGUGUGGAGACCAUACCAGAUUUAGAAGCUUGUCAUCCUUGAGGGCCCAUCUGGAAUUCAGUCACAGCUACGAAGAGCGAACCCUCCUGACAAAAUGCAGUCUCCUGCCGUCUCUCAAGGACACAGAGCUACUCAGGUCCUCGGAACUCCCGAAGCAGGGCAAAAUACUCCGGGGCCACGCAAAGGUGACCAAGCAGAAGCCGAGCUAUGUUAACUUGUACAGCAUCUCCCACGGGCACUCCAAGGACACGAAACCCUUUGAGAUGGUGGCAGAGAGGCCCGUGUCCUAUGUGCAGACCUACACGGCUGUGGACAUCCGGGCUGACUCUCUGGAUGCGCCCUGCUCCAGCCCUGGACUCCCCACCCAAGACACCAAAGCUGCUUUCGAGGCUCACGUCCGAGAAAAGUUCAAUCGCAUGGUAGAGGCCGUGGACAGGACCAUCGAGAAGAGAAUCGACAAACUCACCAAAGAGUUGGCCCAGAAAACCGCCGAACUGUUGGAAGUCAGGGCAGCCUUUGCGCAGCUGACUCAGAAGAAGCAGGAGGUUCAGAGGCGAGAGCGGGCCCUGAACAAACAGGUGGAUGUGGCCGUGGAAAUGAUCGCGGUGCUGAAGCAGCGCCUGACGGAAUCUGAGGAGGAGCUCCUGAGGAAAGAGGAAGAAGUCGUCACAUUCAACCAUUUCCUGGAGGCAGCAGCCGAGAAGGAGGUUCAAGGAAAAGCGAGGCUCCAGGACUUUAUUGAGAAUCUGCUGCAACGGGUAGAAUUGGCGGAGAAGCAGUUGGAGUAUUAUCAAAGCCAGCAGGCCUCCGGUUUCAGCCGUGACACGAGUGAGCAUAUGCUCACAGACAUCCCAUUGAACAGGAAGCCCAGAUGCCUAAGCCGAGGGCACCAGCAUUCUGUUUGCAACCAUCCUGAGCUGAGGGCCCAUUUCCAUUUGAAGGGGAGAAGCUACCUGAAGAAAGCCAAGGAUGAGCGAGCCGGGAUGCAGCCCGCCAAGGCCAUUCAUGAACCAGCUGAGUCUCAGAGGGAAUUCUUCAGACCAGCCAAGAAAGGGGAGCACCUGGGGCUGAGCCGGAAAGGGAAUUUCAGGCCCAAAAUGGCUAAAAAGAAGCCCACAGCGAUCGUGAAUAUUAUCUAGAGCUUGGGUGGCUCAGAAGCAUCACCGCGGGGCUUACCAAAUGAUGUUCCAGGGGCCAACAGUGUUGUCCUUUUGGACAUGUGGCCGUAGGAACGCAGGGAACACAACACACAGGGUCACUCUGAUUAACCAGAAUGUGACACAGCCGGUCUCAGUAAGCCAAGAUUUUAUUUUGACCUCCUUUAGGUGCGAGCAAGGGAAAUUAUAAAAACAUAAAAAAAUAAUGAAGUAAAACUUUUAUCAUUCUGGUAAACACGAACCGGUAACUUCUUAAAUAACUGGCCCAGUCUCUCACAGACCUGGCACCGGGGUUCCUCUACCCAGGGCCCAUUAGUACGUGGGCCUCACAAGAUGCCAGACUCUGGUAUCCACUGCUCUCUGAAUUAUGAGGCAAGGAAUGUGACUGUGAAGUUCUUCUACUUUAAAGAAAAAUAUUAUUUUUUGAUGUUCUGAGACAGGGCCUUGUUAUGCUAUGUAGCCCUGGCUGGCUUGG